UCAAGUGGUAGAACUUUCAUUAUACAUGCUUUGUGUUAGUGUCAUUUGCGUUUAAAAUGACAGAGAAAAAAAAAUAAACCUUAGCUUUUAUUGGCGCUGUGAAGCAAGUGAAAAAUAGCGACAUAUUUCAGCUUCAAACAGACGGACAUCCAUAAUAUACAAUUUUUUUUAAAUUUUUGUUACACAAUUUUUAUAACGUAAUUUAUACAAGUGACGCUAUUUUGAUAAAAUGGCAGCUAUGAAAGUACUGUGUCUUACCGCCUUUGUCUUGACAGCUACCAUUGGAUUAAUUUCUGGAGACUGCAGUUCUGGAUUUCAACAAUGCCAGGAGAGUUUAAUGCAAAGUAUGCUAUCCGUCACAAACAAAGAUGAGAUUUGCAGUGGCAUUGAGACCUUUAUCGCCUGUGUAUUUGAACAAGGCUGUCGCAUAACGCCUGACCAUGAGGCUGAUCUCAUCUACAAAUUAAAUAAUGUGUUUGUUAAGCACAACCUUCGGUGCUCUUUUACAGCGUCAGACCUCAUUAAUAAGUACAAAAAUGGCGCAACUAGCAGGAAAAAUGGCUCAACUUGCAGCAGUGUACUACCCUCAGCUUUGAUGCUGACUGUCCUCUUCUUUGUGUCUCUGAAGAUGAGAAUGUUUUAAAUGACACGCAGACUCUUGUACAUUGUGUUUAUGUCAUAAUAUAUGUGUUAUCGUUUAAUCCGUUCGAUAACUAAAAUCCCUCCACACACGCAUGCACGCACACACACAGAUACACACAAAUACCAGUGGCGGACCUGGAAAAAAAAUAUAAUAUACAUAUAUUAACCA